AAAAAAUAAUCUGGUAAACAAGUCGAUUAUGGUUAGUUUUGGCUCAGCUUUUCAAUUACCUGACAAAUGAAGUCAUUCAGCGAGCGAUGAAAGGAAUGCAAACUGUUAAACGCUUCCUGUCAGACAGGCAUUUCAAACAUGCACAACCUAUUCAAACAUAAAACAAUUACCCUCUUCUUGUGCGAUUUUAGCUGCUAAACACUUUUGUUGCUAGACUGUAACGCAGUGUAGCGCCGUUCACUUCUUUUGUACUAAAAACAGCCCAUUGGAAGCCUUUUUUCUUCUUCUGUAUCGCCGCAAGAAUUUCAUCUUGAAGUGUUUUCGGUGAAAAUGUUAUGAAUGUGUUUUUCUGUUGAGUAGCUGCUGACUUGUGUCUAAAAAACCUAACUUUGGUUUAAAUAGCUGACAUUGCAAGUGGAUAUACUUUAUUGCUGCGCUUUGUGUUUUUUUUCAAAUAUUUUUUUUCAGUACAAUUUGAAUCCAUACAUUCUGCACUGGAUGCCAGCCAAGCGCAAUAAAUAGUAAGACUCCAAUUCGCACCUGUGGACAAUUUAAAGUCUGCAGUGAACCUCGCGUGAAUGUUUUUUGGAAUGUGAGAGGGAAGCGGAAUAACUGAAGGAAACCCAUGCGAGCACGAGGAGAACCUUUGAACUGAGAUUUGAAUCCGGAACCUCAGAACUGUGAGGCACAAGUUACCCAUGUGGCCGCCUCAAUGGGUAUCGUGCACAAGUAAUCUUUGUUCACGUUCAAGAAUUCAAAACAGUUCCCACUCAGUGCCGGCGUCAAUGUAAGAGUGAAUCUUUGUCUGAUUUUGUGCGCUGCAACCAACAAGUCCAAGGUGGGAUCCGCCGUUCGCAAGGAGUCAGCUGGACCAGUUCCACCCACUGAUCACCCUGACCAGGAUGAAUGAGAACAGCCCAAAAUUGAAAAAUCGAAACAAAAAUCCCACAAUCAGUUCACUUCUCCUGCAAUAGUCUUGAAACCGUGACCUGGAUAUGGAACAUAUUUGUGGUUUUUCAAAAACAAAAACAUAACUCUCAAUCAUAAAUUGCAGCACAUGAUCUGGAUCUCAGGAACACGCUACCGUGGUUCCCGAAACUCAAGCAAUCGUGUUUUGUUCAAUGGGGUUCUCGAGAAGAAGGAAACUUUUACUGUGGUCCGUUUCAUGAUGUUCUGCUGCCCUCGUCUGGUGUUGAAAGACGCCAUCGCCGCAAUUGCAAGUCCAGCCUUUAUAAACAAUUUUCUACGGGAACAAAAAAAAGGUCUUGCGUGAUUACAUCAUGUGAGAAACAAACUGGAAGCAAGGACACGGGAAACUCGCGGGAGGACUGCAGGUGGCUGAUAAUGGGAACUUGUUUGGGGAUGGAAGUGGCCUUGUGAGACUGAGAGGGGGAAAAGACUCGAGAAUCCUUCAGUUGUCUCUCGUAGCGCUGGCACCAGCAUGGACAAGAAGGUGGUGUUGAUCACGGGCUGCUCGUCCGGCAUCGGCCUCAGCCUGGCGGUCCGUUUGGCCUCGGACCCGGAGCAAACUUUCAAAGUGUACGCCACCAUGAGGAACCUGGCCAAAAAGGAGCGUCUUCUGGAAAGCGUCAAAGGCCUGCACAAGGACACGCUGGACGUUCUUCAGAUGGACGUCACGGACCGACAGUCCAUCCUGGAUGCCAGGGACAAGGUUGCGGAGAAGCGAGUGGACAUUCUAGUCUGCAACGCCGGGGUCGGUUUGAUGGGUCCGCUGGAAGCUCACUCUUUGGACUCUAUGAAGCAGAUUCUAGAGGUCAACCUUCUGGGCACCAUCCAGACCAUCAAGGCCUUCCUGCCCGGGAUGAAGGCUCAGCACGAGGGUCGCAUCCUGGUCACGGGCAGCAUCGGAGGCCUUCACGGCCUUCCCUUUAACGAGGUCUACUGCGCCAGUAAGUUCGCCGUCGAAGGAGCUUGCGAGAGUUUGGCCGUUCUCCUGCAACAUUUCAACAUCUACGUCAGCCUUAUCGAGUGCGGCCCCGUCAACACGGACUUCCUGGUCAACCUGAAGAAGUCGGAGCUCGGCGACGCGUCGCUGCAGCACGUAGACGCUCACACUCUGGGCCUGUACGAGAAGUACCUGCAGCAUUGCAGUUACGUGUUCCAGAACGCAGCGCAAGACACGGAGGACAUCGUCAAGGUGUUCUUGGACGCCAUGCGGUCACCCAGUCCGGCCUUCAGGUACUUCACCAGCGGGGCGGCGCCCCCUCUGACCGAGCUGAAGGUCACGCAGCCAGACGGCCUCCGGUACAUCAGCGCCAUGAGCGAACUCAUCUUCUCGCCCGACGAGCAGUGACCUCGGCGUGCGCGUUUCGUCAGUUUGCAUUUCGAGGAAAUGCAGCUGACUCAUCGUCGUUGCUCAACGUAAAAGCGAGUUCCCUCGCACGUGACGUGUUUUUUUUAAAUGUUACAUUCCAUAUCGGAGCUGGUAUUCAAUGAUAAAGUUAGAGGAAGAGUUUUGGGGAACUGAAUAUUUGAAUAAAGUUUUUUCGAGCCAUUUAGUUAUAUGUUGUUUUUUUUUUUUUUUUACAACGGGUCUCUCUACAGUAUACAUGUGAGUGUACGUAGAUGACACAAAGUCCACUUUUAUCACGCGGCAAACAUGCACGCAAGUUCCUAUUAUGGAGUCACGCCCAGCCACAUUUUUUAUCAGGUGAUCAUACACUUUUUUUGUUUUUUUUUUUUGCUUCCACUGAUAAAACAUUUUGGUACAAAACCCUUCCAAAUUCUUCUGGGAAUACCAAGUUCACACAUUUUUUUUGUAUUUAUUAUUAUUUUGUGUGUGGGGGGGUUAAACCUCAUGUGUUGUUUUUAGUCACUAAUUGCAUCAUUUUUUCAUUCAAAAUCCUACAAAAUUCUUGUCACAAAACAACUUCAGAA